CCCUCUUUCUUUAACAACUUCAUCGUCAUUAACAAAUCUAAAAAUCCAAUUUACUACCACUUUCAUGGAUACCUCUUUCUUACUUCCUUUUUCACUCAUGCUUUUGAUUACAUUAAGCAUCUUCUUCACCCUUACCUCAUCUGCAACGUUAACUACUGAUCAAGAUGCCCUUCUUGCUUUCAAAAAUGCCAUCACUGUCGACACAAAUGGCCUCUUGAGAAACAGCUGGCUCACCAACACUUCCAUAUGUGACUGGAACGGCGUCUCAUGUGGUAUCAAACACCACAGGGUGACAGCUCUCAACCUCUCGAACUUUGCCCUCCAUGGAAAGCUCACUCGACAUCUGGGAAACCUAACGUUUCUCCAGACCUUGGAUGUCAGCUCCAACAAUUUCAUAGGUGCCUUACCCGCGGAGUUGUCUAAACUACGCCGUUUGAAGCAAGUAAACGCGACAUCUAACAACCUCAGUGGAGAAAUACCGAGAGGUAUCCUCACAAACAUGUCUUUGUUGGAAGACAUUGAUCUGAUGUAUAACAAGCUAUCAGGCGAGCUCCCAAGUGAUAUAUGCAAUAAUACUCCGAAACUGAAGAGAUUAUUUCUCGGUGUCAAUCAAAUAUAUGGAAAUAUUCCAAGGAAUAUAUAUAAGUGCAGUAAGAUGGAGGAGUUGGGGUUGUCGAGGAAUAUGUUCAAUGGAAACAUACCAACCCAAGUUGGGAAUCUUAGUAUGCUUACGUUUUUAGCAUUAUCUUAUAACGGUCUCCAAGGAAAUACUCCGUCUUCUAUUUUCAACGUUUCACGGUUGGAAUUCAUAUAUCUCCGUGGCAAUAAACUGUAUGGAAGAAUACCAACGAACUUGGACAGUUUACUCAACCUCCAAGGGUUAUAUCUUAGCGGGAACAACUUAACAGGCGAGAUACCGAAGGGGAUUGGACAUCUUAGCUGUUUGACUCAUCUCGAUCUUGCUGUCAAUAGCUUGACAGGUGCCAUACCGAAGGAGAUUGGACAUCUUACAUCGUUAACAUUUCUGGCCCUAUAUUCUAAUGGCUUGACAGGAAAUAUUCCGUCUUCUAUCUUCAACGUUUCCUCGUUGGAAUCCAUAUACCUCUAUGACAAUUCUAUAUCUGGAAGUAUACCCACGAUUGUGGACAAUUUACCAAACCUCCUAGGACUGGAUCUUUUCAAGAAUAACUUAACAGGCGAGAUACCGAAGGGGAUUGAACAUCUUACCUCCUUGACUUCUCUCAAUCUUCGUCGCAAUAGCUUGACAGGUUCCAUACCCAACCAAGUUUGUAACCUCACUUCACUGAGAGAACUACGUUUGGGAGACAAUAAGUUCAAAGGAGAAAUUCCAACCUGUGUCACCAAUGCUUCUCAGCUUACUUAUAUUGACUUGAGCAGCAAUUCAUUCACUGGCCCCAUCCCCGACUUCGGUAACCUAAGACAGCUGCAAUUCCUUUAUCUAAGUGACAAUAAUUUGACUGGGAUUGAAUCGCCAAAUCAAGAAUUGGAGUUUCUCUCUGGUUUAGUAAACUGCCGAGAAUUAGUUAGGUUGGAUAUUAGUAACAAUCCGAUGAUGAAUGGUAUCCUUCCGGCUUCCGUUGGGAACUUGUCUACUUCUCUUUCCAGCUUUACAGCAUCUAACUGCAGCAUCAGAGGCAUAAUUCCUCCUGAAUUUGGAAAUUUGAGGAUGUUGGAAGUUUUGGAUUUAUCCAAGAAUCAACUCAAAGGAUUCAUCCCAACUACAUUUUCAAAGGGUUGUAGGCUUCUGUCACUCGGCUUGAAUGGUAAUAAGUUGGAAGGAGCGUUACCCCGAUCCCUCUCCAAUUGUCGAAGUCUGCAGGUUCUUCAUAUUGGAAACAACAGAAUACAAGACACCUUUCCGGUUUGGACUGGAAAUCUCACUGAUCUUGGCGUCCUCAUAUUGAGAUCCAACAACUUUAGUGGUACCAUUCCUUCUCUCACUUCCAAUACUUCUCUUCCAUUCCCCAAGUUGCAAGUUUUCGAUAUAUCUCAUAAUGCAUUCAUUGGCUAUCUGCCCCAAGAAUAUCUGAGGAAUUUCAAAGGGAUGAUAGAUGUACAAGAGAAUCAUCGAGGAGAAUACGGGUUUCCGUUUCCGUUUCCGAUUCCGUUUCGGAUUCCGUUUCCGUUUCCGUUUCCGUUUCCCAUUCCCAUCGCUUAUGAAUAUUCGUUUACAUUAACAGUGAAAGGUUCAGAUCAAGAAUAUAAGAGAAUUUUGAUAGCCUUGACAGCAAUUGACAUGUCAUCCAACAGAUUCUCAGGCACUAUACCAAAUUCCAUAGGAAAAUUGAAUUCAUUGAUAUACUUGAAUCUAUCUCACAAUUGCCUCACAGGAGGUAUACCUGCAUCUCUUGGAAACAUUACGAAACUCGAGUCGCUGGACUUGUCUUCAAACCGGUUGGAAGGUGAAAUUCCAACAGAGCUUACAAAGCUCACAUUUCUUUCUAAGGUGAACUUUUCUUUGAAUAAUCUUUCAGGAAAGAUACCUCAAUCCAGUGGCCAGUUUCCCACAUUUGACAAUACAUCAUAUGUUGGGAAUUCUGGACUAUGUGGAUUUCCAUUAACACGAAAAUGCGAAGAGCCUUCGCCUCCAGUGAUGAUGGGAGAAGGUGAUCAAGAUUAUGGUAUUCUAGAGGGAUUCUGUUGGCAGGCUGUUGUUUCUGGUUAUGGAUGUGGAUUUGUAAUUGGUGGUAUUGUGGGUUGUCUGAUUUUUGGGUAUGGAAGGCCUAAAUGGUUGUUGGAAUGGAUCUACAGAUUUUACAGGAUAAAGAUGAGAAGAAAUGUGGCACCACAAAGAAGAAGAAGAUAAGAAGGUUGAACAUUUGAUGUUGAAUGUUGAAUAAUGAGCAUUGUUGUUUUCUCACGUUUGUUUGCAUCUUAUGUUGAACUUUCUACUCUCCUUUGCAAUUACACUUGUUUAGCAUUCAUGUGUUUUGGGCUUUUCGAA